AGUUUUGGUGACGUCAACAAAUAAUGCCGAGUAUUUCUUAAUUCUGGUGAUAUGCUUGUUUACAACUGAUUCAGACUCUGUAGUUUUGAAUUUCUAACGUGAAGCAUAGUAAUGGCACAGUACAAGGGUGCUGCCAGCGAAGCUGGCCGGGCUAUGCAGCUUAUGAAAAAACGUGAAAAACAAAGAGAACAACUGGAACAGUUGAAACAGAAGAUUGCGGAGGAAAAUUCAGUAAAGGCGAACAUUGAUAAGAAGUUUUCAGCCCAUUAUGAUGCAGUGGAGGCAGAGCUGAAGUCAAGCACUGUGGGUCUGGUGACCCUCAAUGACAUGAAAGCAAAGCAAGAGGCUCUUGUCAAAGAGAGAGAAAAGCAACUUGCAAAGAAGGAGCUUUCCAAGGAGCUGCAGCAGAAGCUGGAAAGGCAGCGGGAGAGAGAGCGCAAAAAGGAACAGAAGAGGAAGAUUGCUAGCUUGUCAUUUAACUUGGAUGAAGAGGAGGAAUGUGAUGAAUAUGAUGAAGAUAAAAUAGAAAGUGAAGAGGAAGAGGAUGAAGAAAAGGAGCACAGUACAGAAGAGGUCCCCAUGAAGAAGAAGAAAUUGGGCAAAAAUCCAGAUGUUGAUACGAGUUUUCUUCCAGACAGAGACAGAGAGGAAGAAGAAAACCGUCUACGGGAAGAACUUCGACAGGAGUGGGAACGCAAGCAGGAAAAGAUUAAAAAUGAAGAGAUUGAAAUUACCUUCAGUUACUGGGAUGGUUCUGGACACCGGCGGACUGUAAAGAUGAAGAAGGGAAACACAAUACAGCAGUUUCUUCAGAAAUCUAUGGAGAUUCUACGUAAAGACUUCAGUGAGCUAAGAUCUGCUGGUGUUGAACAACUCAUGUAUAUUAAGGAGGACCUUAUAAUUCCACAUCACCACAGCUUUUAUGACUUCAUUGUGACAAAAGCACGGGGUAAAAGUGGCCCACUUUUUAAUUUUGAUGUCCAUGAAGAUGUGAGAUUAUUGAGUGACGCCACAGUGGAAAAGGAUGAGUCACAUGCUGGUAAAGUGGUCCUGAGAAGCUGGUAUGAAAAGAAUAAGCAUAUUUUCCCUGCUAGUCGUUGGGAGCCGUAUGAUCCAGAGAAGAAGUGGGAUAAGUACACGAUUCGGUGAAAAACAUCUUGUGCACAUUUUUAACAUACUGCUGCAGGAAAAGAGCUUUCCAGAAGUCAUUCUUCAUUUCUUUAUAAACAUUAUUGUCAAGCCAUCUAUAUUUUCAUUUUCUGUACACAUCCUGUCUUUGGCCUUUCCCAUAACCACCUUGUUAACUGUCACACUGUACAGUCAAUAAGUAUUUUUUAAUUAAACUUGUAGAUGUCACCUAA